UUAAUAUGGGUAUAAUCGCAAAAAAAUGCUCUUUCAUUUGGUCAUACGAGUAUAUACAUUUGCUUAAUUUUAAAAAUAUUUUUUUUUCAUACAUUUAUAUCAAGUGUCAUAUUUGAAUAGUGUCCUGUAAAGUAAUGAAAUUGCAUUUAUCAUAUUCUGACCUAUGGCCUUUUCUUGUUGCUCGUAUCGUGAUCGUGGAAGUUUAUGUUUAUGUUUAAUGCACAAUAACCCCGAGUUUUAAUAUCUUGUCCAUAAUUUUUGUUAGUUUGUAGAACCAGAAAAAAAAUAUGUUUUCGCAUUAAAUGAGUUUAAAGUUUAAUUAAUUGUCACAAGACGCAGAAUGAACCGCGUCGUUUUGAAAAGCCGCAUUAGUAAUUAAUCAAUUAUUGUAAUUUCAAAUGCGCGAAAAUAGUCUGUUUGCGCCGAGCGGACGGCUAUAACAAGGCGCGCAGUCCGGGUGCGGCAUUCGUCGCCGACAUGUGGCCGCUGUUAGCAGUGUUCGCCGCGGCGCUCGCGCUCGCCCUCGCCGUCGGCUUCUACCAGAAGAAGACGAACGCGGUGUGCAGCUCGCGACGCCGGCUAGACGGUCGCACGGCGCUCGUGACGGGGGGCACGGCCGGCAUGGGGCUGCGCAUCGCUCGAGACCUGGCGGCUCGAGGCGCGCGCGUUAUCAUCGCGUGCCCGUACCCGCGCGAGGGCGCCGCCGCGGAGCGCGCGCUGCGCGAGCGCACCGGCAGCAAGGUUGUCGUCUACAAGCAUCUUGACCUCGGCUCGCUGCAAUCUGUGCGCAAGUUCGCUGCCGACGUGUUGGAGUCUGAGGAGAGGCUCGAUCUCUUAAUAAACAACGCCGGCGUCGGCAUCGUCGGCGACUUUCUGACGAAGGACGGCCUGAACUUCAUCAUGCAAGUGAAUUACUUCGGCCAUUUUCUGCUCACGCUGCUCCUGAUGCCGCUCCUGCGGCGCAGCGGGUGCGCCGCGGACCCGAGCCGCGUCGUCAAUACGACCUCCGUGCUGCGCCACAUCGGACGCAUCGAUCUGGACAAAAUAAACGCGACCGGCUACUGGUUCAAAGUCCAGAUCUACGGCAACAGCAAGCUGGCGUUAGUGGUGUGGGCGCGCGAACUGAGCGCGCGGCUGCGCGGCGUAGGUGCGCCCGUCGUCGUCAACUCGGUGGACCCCGGCGCGGUGGGCACCGCUAUCUUUGACUGCAUCGGAUCCGUGAAGGGCAUGUUUGUGACCCUUCUGUUCCGGAGCCUAUUUAAAACGCCCUGGCAAGGCGCGCAGACGGCGCUCCACGCAUCGCUGGACGAGCGUGCGGGCGAGGUGAGCGGAGAGGUGUUCAAGAACUGCCGGGCGGUGGGCGGCGGCGGGGCGUGCGGGCCCGAGACGGCGCGCCGGCUGUGGCAGUGCUCGGCGCAGCUCGUGCGGCUGGAUGACAACGAGCUUGCGCGCUGCCUCGCGGACAUGUGACGUCGCCGAGACGCCCGCGUCGUCGUCCACGCCCUCUAUUGUAGCGACAAAAUACUUGAAUAUCGCAUACAUUCUAUAUCAUCAUCAUUAAGGAUUGUUCACCGAAUCAUUUGUUUAAAUAAUUCAUUAAAUAAAUACAAUAUAUUUGAAAUCUCGACUACGAUUCUACUCCGUUUAAUUUAGAUAUUUGAAGGUAUGUACAUACAUUAGUUCGUAUAGAGCCGAAAGUUGGUAGGCAUGUUCGGAACACGAUUCCAUAUAAACUCGAAA